GUGAGCUCUCAGACUUGGACUGAGGUCAGCGUUAUCUCAGGCGCGAACAUCGAACUGAACCGAGUGGUCAAAUAGUAAACAGCGUCUCAUUGGUGAGUCCGUAUGGCUUGUCCAAAGAAAUGAAUCAUCCGAUAAACUGAAUCAAGGAAUCUGCCAUUUCCAUUAACAACAAGAUGUACAAAAUGGAGGAAAUGUAUCGGGCUGCACAUCACCCAGUAGAGAAGGAAUGUAAAUGGGAAGAGGGUUACUGGGAGGAGAUGAGUGAAAACAAGGCAGGAAAGGAUUUUUCAUCACACAAUGACCUUCCUUUCAUGGCGAAAAGAAGUUUUCAUAUUAAACAAGAAGACUGUGAAUGGGAGUCCGCUUAUCUUCAGCAAGGAGAUCUCGGCAUUAAAAAAGAGGAGGAUAUUGAAUGCUGGCCUGUAGGUGUUAAGGAAGACCCAGAUCAGAAGUGUGACAACCAUGGUGUACAGAAGCAUGAAACUGUAAACGGCAUCAAAGAAGAAUACCAUCUUAAAUCAGAGUCGGUCUCUCGGCUUGUUUGCUCAGGUAAAGCGGUAUCAGGGACAGACUACACUCUAAAUAAACGAAGCUUCCUACUGGAUCAUUCUGACCUUUCAGAAUCAUUAAAGCAUGACAUGAAGAUGAGCGAGAGAGCUGCAGGUUCAAGUCAUUCUGAAGAAGAUAUUGUGGAGAGUGGUGACUUCUUCCAAUUUUCAUCUCCUCAGACCUCUCUUCAGAAACAGUAUGAGGAAAAUAUGAAGAAACUGACAUUUGCAUCAGGAACUUUAACAUCCUGUUUACAGUGUUCUUCUCUACCAGUUAUGAAACUAACAUUGAUGGACACCUUAAACAGCCAGUAGCAGGGGCAAAAUAAAAAAUCGCAUUACUGUGCUAACUGUGGAAAACAAUUCCUUGCCACGAUAAAACAUAAAAUUCACACACACACAUUUACAUUGAAGAAAAGCUAUAUUGUUGUUCUCAAUGUGGAAAACGUUUCUCAAGGAAAACUCAUCUUCAGAGACAUAUACUAACCCAUACUGGAGAGAAGCCUUACUUCUGCUCUGAAUGUGGAAAACAAUUCUCUGAUGUGAGAAACCUUAAGACUCAUGAAAGAAUUCACACUGGAGAAAAACCAUUUUGUUGUUCUUACUGUGGAAAGCAGUUCUUCUACAUAAGCAGUCUUCAAACACACAAAACAAUGCACACCGGAGAAAAACAAUUUUGCUGUUCAGAAUGUGGAAAACUAUUCUCUACAAUCACAAAACUUAAGGUCCACACACGAGUUCACACUGGAGAAAAGCCAUACUGCUGUUCUGAAUGUGGAAAACAAUUCUCACGCCAAAAUAAUCUUAAAAGACACACACAAACUCACACCAGAGUGAAGCCUUAUUGGUGUCCUAAGUGUGGUAAACAAUUCUCACAAAAAACGCAUCUUCAGAAACACACAAAAGUUCAUAUUAGACUAAAUAAAGAGGUUUGUUUAAGUUUUGACAGUGAAUAGUGAUCAACGUACAUUCUUGAGGUGAAGUUGACCCCUGACAGAAAUCAUGCUUCUUUGCAAAGUCUAGAAGAAAAAAUUUGACGUGAUAAAUCUUCAGACCCACACAAGAAUUCACACUGAAAUGAAAAUUAAUAGAUAAGUUCCACUUCUGCCAGACACAGGCUGCUGGCUAUGAGGUGCUGGUGGCUUUAGUAUUAAACGCUGAUAGAGACAACAAAAGAGCCAGACUAAUACACUGGAAAAUUUGCAAACAGUACAGCCUGCCAACACAAAACAGAGAUACUGAUACCAUAAUCCAGACUGCAUAACUGAGAACAAGAUGUUUACCACUGGGAACACACCAAUUUCAAGGCAAUACCAGAAAAUUGGACAUUGCUAUUGAAGAAAAUCAUUCUGAGAAAUCCUGAUUGAUUUCAGUUUCAAGUUACUACUAGGCAGUAAGAAUGGAGAGACAAAAAAUGAAGUACUUAAAAGUACAGUCCGUGGAAUGCCCGAUGUGGGACCAAAUAACUGAAAUUGUGCAAAUGGUGCUGGGAUCCACUGAACUAAUUAAAUUGAAUUUCCAGGCCUAUUUUAAUUUCCUACCAAUAUUCAUAACCUCAUACUCUUACAAAAAAGAUGCUUUAUUAAAAACCAUGUUAAGUGCCAUGCCGAACUCCUAGUAGAAAUCUACAAGAAUGACUUUUACAGCAGAAUGACAUUCCAUCAACAAUGAUGAGUGAGGUUUACUCUGAUUUUUCUAGUAAGAACAAAAAAAUGAAUUUGGAGAAACAGAACGGUCAAUUAAAAGGACCUUCCUGGCCCAUCUUGACCAAUUAUCACCUUCCUGUAUGAAGUUUAAAAAGAGGCUUUCUGAACAAUGAAAGUGCUAUAUGAGUCCUCGCCACUAAUUUACAAGAAAAAUCUGUAGCACCAGUACCACACCAUGGUACGAGUAAAGAGUGAGGCUCACUCCUUUGGUCAACACAUCAUUUUGGAAAAAUGAACCCUACGAGAAACCAUAUUGCUGUACUUCUUGUGGAGAAUAAUUACCUCUGCAGUAUCUAAAAAUCAAUUAACUGGGAAAAGUAGUUUGUUUUAAUGAGGCUGGAAUGCUCAAAAUGCAUUUGUUUUCUCAAACUUGCAUGGUUAAUGUUCUUUUACUGCUUGUUCACUUUGUUGCUGAUUACAUGCAAUAUGUACAGUUUUGUGGUAAUUGUCUGUAUGCUGUUAUUAAAGGACAAUUUCAAACUGCUUAAGGAAGCACCUUGCUGACAUUAAGGAUAUAUACUAAGUGAACAGUAUAAAAGGCUCAGAGGCAUUGCAAGUCCAGAAUUUUAAGGAAUGCUGCUGUUUUGCUGUGCAGAAGUAAGAUGUGGUUUAAAUCAAAUGUAGUUGCCACAAAAUGCAGUUUAUGGUUUUACACACGUGUUUUUGGUUUUACAAUUUCCGUUUCCAAAUGCACGGUUACAUGAACUGCUUGUUAUGUGAUUUUUGGAAGUGCUGCAUCCGAGUUCAAAAUAACACAAAUACAUCUUGCUAUCCACUUCUGGUGUGGCUUUGGAAGGGUCUUGCUUUUCCUGAGUCAAGGUUGCAGAAAGAUAAGAGUUGUUUUAAAUUUAUUAGCUCAGAAAAAUGGGAUAGAGAUACUAGUGUUAUGAUCUCUUUCAUGUAUUCAUUGGAUAUUUCUGAUUGAUCGAGAGAUGUUUUAUUUUGUAAAUCAAUGUAUAGAACCCAAGGAUUAUGAUUUUUAUAAUAAUUAGUUUUUGUGUUUAGUGUAAAUUGAGAAAAUUCAAGAUUUUUCCCUUCAUGUUAUGUUUCCUUUGACUUCCUGGUUUUUUGAUCAUUUUGCUCUCGGCUCUGACUGGUGAUUUUUGACUAUGUUUCCAGUUUGUUUGAAGGAUGGGUGUGACUUUCACUUCCAGUGUUAGCUUGAUUUUUGAUUCUCUGUAUCUCCUGCUCCUCUGUAUAUUAGAACAAAAAAAGAAAAAUGUUUCUGUCUCACUUUGAACUAGUAUGGUAAAUUUGCAUAAAGUCAUGUCAAGAGAAAAGUUUCUGAGGGAUGGUUGCUGUCACUGAGAAUGCGGAAAGCUGCUGCAGAGACUUCAAGUAACAAUACGAUUAGUGGAAUCGACAUGCACAUUAAAUGUGUUGCUCUACUUUGCUUUUAAAACUACAGGAUGGUCCAACUUGUACGGUUUUGAUUGCAACAUUCUACUUUGCUUCUGGUGCUGGCUAUUUGAUAAAAAAUAUUAAAAGAUUAAAACUUGUCAAGCCCGUUU